GAACGGUGGCACGGAUCGUGGCCAAGCCGAUGGGUUCGACUUGGAAACCCUGGGGAAGCUGGACGGUGUCAAGGACAACGUCUCGCCCUCGAAAGAUGUGCGCCACCUCAUCUUCGAGCUCUUCUUCUGUGGGGCUGCUGAGCUAGGAGACCUGGUGAGUGAGGAGGCGCAAGAGUGCUACGACCGGGGGGCACAGCUCGUCGAGGACUUGGCGCCGUUGCUCAAGAAAGUCAGCCGGGCCGUGCAGCGGGACGCAGAGGGUACGAUGAAGCUUUCCAAGAAUGUCCGUGUGGGACUGGAAGAUGCAGAGGACGGUGUGAAGGAGCUCGCCCAACAGCUCGCGCAGCAGCAGGAGGCGCUACAGGCGGCUUUGCAGUGCACCGACGAUCCCGUCGACCCCUUGAAACU